AUGCAUUCCAUUCCUCAAAGAUCCCGCCUCGACGAGGACACUUGGAUUGCUGAAUUCAAUGAGUGGGCUCAGCACAGCGAAACCCUUGUCGACACUUUGAAUUCCGACGAUUUCAAGCUCAUUAUCGAAGCAGCUAGUUUUGUCAACGUCGAGUAUAAGCUUAUGACACUUGCCAGUAUGUUCAAGUACAUUGACUCCGACGAUGCUGCUAUCACAGGGCUGACCGACGAGAUCGAGCUCCUGGAGCUCGAGAACAAAUAUCUUGAUGACACUAUUGGUAAGAUGAUCGCCGAGUUUCCCUCCAUUUCGACCAAGCUUCUUGAUGAGUAUGUGCUGCUCCAGAAACAUGCGCGUCGAACUACCAAUUCUGAAUCCGAAUUCUACGCUAUCAUGACCUGGUCGUGUCUCUUUCCUCCUGGUUGUCAACAUCUGAUGCGUGUCCGCGCCGUCCACACCCGAAGAAUUGAAAACUUGAGCGCAAAACGCGAUCGCAUCGCCUCUGGUCGUGAUCAUUCCAAUCAUUGGUCGAGUAACAUGUCCCUCAUUCGCUGGGACGUGGACAAGUGGCCACAUGGUUAUGGAUAUGAGCGUUCGCCAAUGCCAAAUGGCCUCGCUUACUUCGACCCCCCGUCACUGACUGAGGACAAUCUCGCACAGGUUCUCUCGUACAUUCGAUCCUCGGCUUUCAUUCGCUGUGAGCGUCGUCGUUCAGCUCUCCUUCGUCUGCAACAGGACAGAGGAGGUUUGAGUGACUUCGUCGUCCCUAGCCAUGUCGACGCCUGGUACCAUCGUUCUUUCAAAUGGCUGACUCGAACUCUACCGAUCUUGUUCAGUACGAGUUCUCCAUAUGCAGCUCAGUACAAUGACCUCCGCGAUGAGCUUAAAGCCAUGCACCAUCGUUGGAUUGCUGAAGCUGAAUAUCAACGCCCUCGCGUCUUGGUUACCAAGAACGCCUGUUUUUUGCUAUCAAGAGACAAAACGAGUAUUCGUCGUGAGGUCGGUCAAUUUUCUCUCCCUGCAAGACACACACCUAUUUGCAUCGAACUUGAUUAG